ACGUUGUUAUGUGGAUCACUUAACUCUUUCAACUAAGAACCGUUCUACGUGUUGUCCAUUCCCUCUCUCACUGCUUCAUCUUCGUCUCUCAAAUAAUUUCCUUCUUUCUCUUUUUCUCAUUGCACUCUCUUUCUUUUCUUCUUUUUCCCUCUCAAGAUUUUCUCUCUUCGUCAUAGCAAUUAUAUCAUAACGCAAUGUGUGGCAUACUUGCUGUGCUUGGUUGCUCUGAUUCAUCACAAGCCAAGAGGGUCCGCGUCCUUGAACUUUCUCGCAGAUUGAAGCACCGUGGUCCUGACUGGAGUGGGCUCCACCAAUAUGGAGAUUGCUAUUUGGCUCAUCAACGGUUAGCCAUAGUUGAUCCAGCUUCUGGUGAUCAACCUCUCUUCAAUGAAGACAAAACUAUUGCUGUUACGGUGAAUGGAGAGAUCUACAAUCAUGAAGAACUCAGGAAACAAUUGCCUAAUCACACGUUCCGUACAGGAAGUGACUGUGAUGUUAUUGCUCACCUGUACGAGGAGCACGGAGAAAACUUUGUGGACAUGCUUGAUGGUAUAUUUUCGUUUGUUCUGUUGGAUACCCGUGACAACAGUUUUAUAGUGGCACGAGAUGCAAUUGGAGUCACUUCCUUAUACAUUGGUUGGGGUCUAGAUGGCUCUGUCUGGAUUUCAUCAGAAUUGAAGGGGCUAAAUGAUGAUUGUGAGCAUUUCGAGUCUUUUCCACCUGGUCACUUGUACUCUAGCAAAGAGAGAGAGUUUCGUAGAUGGUACAAUCCUCCAUGGUUCUCUGAGGCUAUUCCUUCAGCCCCUUAUGACCCUUUAGCUUUGAGGCAUGCCUUUGAGAAGGCUGUGAUCAAAAGGUUGAUGACUGAUGUGCCUUUUGGUGUUUUACUCUCUGGAGGUUUGGACUCUUCAUUGGUUGCAGCUGUCACGGCUCGCUACCUAGAAGGCACAAAUGCUGCCAAGCAAUGGGGAACAAAAUUACACUCUUUCUGUGUAGGACUUGAGGGUGCACCAGACCUAAAGGCUGCAAAAGAAGUAGCAGAUUACAUAGGAACUGUCCAUCAUGAAUUUCACUACACUGUUCAGGAUGGCAUAGAUGCCAUUGAAGAUGUGAUUUACCACAUUGAAACAUAUGAUGUAACGACAAUUAGAGCAAGCAUUCCCAUGUUUCUUAUGUCUCGUAAGAUUAAGUCACUAGGAGUCAAGUGGGUUAUCUCUGGAGAAGGAUCUGAUGAGAUCUUUGGAGGGUAUCUAUAUUUCCACAAGGCACCCAACAAAGAAGAGUUUCACCAAGAAACAUGCCGCAAGAUUAAAGCACUCCACCAAUAUGAUUGCUUGCGAGCCAAUAAAUCGACCUUUGCCUGGGGUUUAGAAGCCAGAGUACCAUUUUUGGACAAAGAGUUUAUCAAAGUUGCAAUGAACAUUGAUCCUGAGUACAAAAUGAUAAAAAAAGAAGAAGGAAGAAUUGAGAAAUGGGUAUUGAGGAGGGCAUUUGAUGAUGAAGAGCAUCCUUAUCUGCCAAAGCACAUUUUAUAUAGGCAGAAAGAACAAUUCAGUGAUGGAGUUGGAUAUGGUUGGAUUGAUGGCCUUAAAGCUCAUGCUGAGAAACAUGUGACUGAUAGAAUGAUGCUGAAUGCUGCUAACAUUUUCCCCUUCAACACUCCAACCACCAAAGAAGCAUACUACUAUAGAAUGAUAUUUGAGAGGUUCUUCCCUCAGAACUCAGCUAGACUCACUGUUCCUGGAGGACCAAGUGUUGCAUGUAGCACAGCAAAAGCUGUUGAGUGGGAUGCUGCAUGGUCCAACAACCUUGACCCAUCUGGUAGAGCAGCACUUGGAGUGCAUUCAUCAGCUUAUGGAAACCAAGUGAAAGCUGUAGAACCAGAGAAGAUCAUACCCAAGAUGGAGGUUUCUCCCUUAGGAGUUGUCAUCUAGAACAACCAUGAGCCAUAGCAGAGGACUAUUACAAAUACUAGUAGUCAUCAUUAAUGAAAAUUUUGCCUGUUGUGUAUUUUAUCCAGGCAAUGUUAUGUUAUAGAUAAGGCUCAUUAUCUAGCGGUGUUAAGUGUUGUUAUCCACUUUCUUGUCUUUAUUUUCAUUCUGUCACCUCACACUAUCAUCAUAAUGUACUUGGUUUCCAUGAAAAUGUUGUAUCAGUUAAAUUUGAAUGCAAGCCCCACUGUUUCGACA